AUGUCCCAACCAUCUCCCACAUCCGCAAUAACGCCCACAGACGAAGCAACCUACAACUACCUAAGAAAGCUCUCCGUUCUGUUCUUUACCCCAGACGAUCACGAAGUUUUCAUCGGCCGUCACCAACCCCGCAGCGCCGUCGAGCCCUUCCGCUGUGCCGUUGUGGGCAUCGGCGACGAUAACGAACUCCAGUUUGGUACCGCGCCCCAAGAAGGACGUACGCGUCAUGAGGCGAUGAUGAAGAUAAUCGAGUUGUUAGAGACAAAGGCGCAGACGGUAAUGGCGAGGGUUGAGGGGAAGAAUGCGAGCUGGGUGUUAGCGAGGGAGAUGGCGAAGAAGAAGAUGAAGGAAAGAGAAGAGGAGGUCAGGAAGAAAAGGGCGGAGGCUUGGGUGAGGAAGGAACAACAGGCCAGAUUAGAAAGGCUAGAAGAAGCAGGCGCGAAGGCAGAGGGGGUGGAGACCGAAGCGGAUGAUGGGGAUCGGAACCCUGGACCUGAGCUAUACUAUACUGUCGUACACGAGAGCUAG